GUAUUAAUGUUAUAUCGGUGAGUUAGUACACCCGCAUGUUGGGGGCGAACCCGCUGCCAACACGUCCGCCUGUCAAGGGAGGGAGCGAGGCACAGGUGUUACAGUGUUGAAAAAAAAGGUGUUACAUAAGUUGAAUAUCCAGAUGAGAGCCACCAGUUAGGGCCACAUGUCUGCUCCGGCCCUGCCCUCCACCACCCACCUGCCCAGGAACACACACCACACUAACUGACAGACCCCCACCCCCCACACCACCCCCGCCACCAUGCCGUUCUCGGGCCGGGACGCUGUGGUGCUGUGUGUGCUGGUGUGCUGUGUGCCGCUGCAGUACUGGCUCACCCGCACCUCACACUCCACCCCCGACCAGCGCUCCGCAGAGGUGUAUCGGCUGCUGGAACAGAUCCGCACCGUCGCUAACAAGUGGUUCAGUACGGCCGCGUGGAUGGACUGGCUCCGGCACCUCCACCACAAGCACAUGUCCAGUGACUACAGCCACUGGUACCCCGUGGACGAUGACAACCCGCUGGGGGAGUGCCCGGCGGUGGAGGUAUGGCACUAUCGCAGCCCCCAGGGGACCUUCGGCAUGUCCCCCAAGCCGCGCCUCGACCACCCCAAGGAGGUCAAGUGGCGCAUCGGCCAGGUGGUGCGCCAUCACGACUUUGGCUACAAGGGCGUCAUCGUUGGUUGGGACUACAAGGCGAAGGCGCCUCUGGAGUGGAUACUAAGGCAGCACAAGCAAAAUUUGCAUUGGCGGGACCAGCCCAACUAUACCCUCCUGGUGGACACAGAUGGCCGAAAGAUCCCACAGAUUGCCUACGUCCCUCAGGAGAACAUCACACCACUUAUCAAUGAGGAGGUGAAGCAUCCCGACCUGCACCAAUACUUUGACGAGUUUGACGGGGCGCAGUACAUCCCGAGUCCCUGGCUGCAAGCGGUGUACCCCUCGGACUAGCACAGUGCAGUAUUGUAUUGUAGUCGAGCAACACAAAGAUGGUUUAUAUAUUUUUUGGGGUGGGUUUGGGACUUUGGGGUCUUUUGCAUCAGUCAUUGAGGUGGGUUUGUUUGUCAGAUUGCAUACACCUUUCCAAUUAGUGUUUCUAGCAGGGAUAAAAUCGUCACCUUCAUAAACAAACCACCUAAGUCAUUAUUUUCUACUUGUCAGGAAAUCAGAAAAGAAAUGUCAUUAUCUCAUUUGUAUUAAAAUUUAGGCAGGAAUGAAAAGGCCAAUUCUAGAACACUCAAACCCUGAAUGACCAAGGCAACUAUACAAAGAUUACCGUCACAUGAUGGAAAAUUGAUGCAGACAAAAACCUGGAAAUCUCUGAAAAAUGACUUAGGCAAUUAUUUUAUGAGGGUGACGAAAUGUCUUUGGGAUAUUAGUUGAAAUGUAAAAUUGAGUUUGUCUAAAAAAGAAUGUAUGGUUCUCUUUUUUUUCCUUCUUUUUAAUGAAUCGUUAUUUUUUUAUAUGGCUCAUUGUUCAUUUUCUUUAUCCAGAUCAGUGUUCAUUUUCUUUAUCCAGAUCAAUGUUCUUUUUCUUUGGAUCAGUGUUUAUUUUCAUUAUUUUGGAUAAGUUGGUCAUUUUUUUAUUUCGAUCAUUGUUCAUUUUCUUUAUCCAGAUCAAUGUUCAUUUUCUUUAUCCAGAUCAAUGUUCAUUUUCUUUGGAUCAGUGUUUAUUUUCAUUAUUUUGGAUAAGUUCGUCAUUUCUUUAUUUCGAUCAAUGUUCAUUUUCUUUAUUCUAAUUACUCUUCUAUUUCUUUAUUUGGACUAUUACUCAUUUUUAUACGUAAACUUAAUAUUCCAGCUGAGUUUUCUUUUUUUUAGGGGGGGGAGGUAUUAGUGCUGUGAGGCAGAGCUGGAUAAAAAAAAUUGUGAGAAUCCUUGAGCUGGGCAUUAUGUGGAUGGCCCCUAAUAACCUAAACACUAUUGAUAUGAGGGAAAAGGCUGGUAAUUAAUGUCUUGUGGGGCCAUUUUUGUAUAACGACCCCCUUGAGAUAAUCAUGCAAGGUAAAAGGCUGAAAAUUAUGGUCUUGUGAGGGCCGUUUAUUUAUUUAUUUAUUCAUUUAUGUUUAUUUAUUUAUUUUAUUUUUAUUUUUUUGUCAAAUGCCCCUGAGAUACUGCCUGGGUACCCCCCCCCUCUCUUCCCCCACCCCUAUUUUUGUAUAACGACCCCCUUGAGAUAAUUAUGUAAGGUAAAAGGCUAAAAAUUACUGUCUUGUGAGGGCCGUUUAUUUAUUUAUUUAUUCAUUUAUGUUUAUUUAUUUAUUUUAUUUUUAUUUUUUUGUCAAAGGCCCCAGAGAUAGUGCCCCCCCCUCUCUUCCCCCCCCCCUAUCAAUCCAGCUCCAUUAAUCAAUUGGAACGUUGUGUGCGAUUCAAUGAACACAGCUUCUCCUAAUGCCACUUAAGAUGUUUAUACACAUAUAUUUUGGGGGUAUUUCACAGCAGCCAUUUCUCUUGUUCUUCAAAAGUGUGGCUUCUACUUUAUAUAUGUUUUGUACUAUAUAUAUAUGUGUGUGUGUGUGUGUGUGUGUGUUGUCAGUCAUGUAUAUAUAGCGUAUGUAUGAAUGUAUCACGUGUCAAGCUAGAAUGAACCCAGAAAAGAGGAUAGAUGGAAAGAGAAGCAGAAGACAAAGAAGAAAAUGGAAAGAGAAGUAGAUGAUAAAGGAGAGAGGGGGAGAGAAGAAAACGGAAAGAGAACUAGAAGGCAAAGGAGGAAAAAAAGAAUGAGCUCAGAAAGGAGGAAAGAAGAAAAUGGAAAAAGAAGUAGAAGACAAAGAAGAAAAUGGAAUGAGAAGUUGAAGAAAAUGGAAAAAGGGGGAAAGAAGAAAAUGGAAAGAGAAGUAGAAGACAAAGGAGAAAGGGGGACAGAAGAAAAUGGAAAAGGAAGUAGAAGAAAAAGAAGAAAGGAGGAAAGAAGACAAAGGAGGGGAAAAAGAAGAAAAUGGAAAGUGGAGUAGAAGACAAAGAAGGAA